AUGGCCUUUGCUUUUGCUCUCCAUGAGAUCAACAAGAACGCUCAACUGCUACCAAAUACCACACUGGGUUACAAGAUUUAUGACAAUGCUUUUGAUGCUUGGAGAACCUGUUGGACCACUGUGGAGUUUUUGUACGCGGCGAAAGGAAAACCCCUCAAUUACAACUGUGGCAUGACAGAGAAAGCCCUGGCUGUCAUUGGUGGUCUCACCUCCCGAACUUCCAUGCAGAUGGCCCACAUUUUAAAUGUCUACACUAUACCACAGAUCAGCUAUGGGGCCUUUGACUCGAGACUGAGCGACAAGAUUCAGUUCCCUUUUCUCUACCGGAUGAUCCCCAGUGAAGAUCCCCAGUACACGGGGAUUGUUCUGCUCCUGGAGCACUUUGGAUGGAACUGGAUCGGCCUCGUUGUUUCUGACGAUGACACUGGAGAAACCUUCCUUCAGACCUUGAGACCAAAGCUCUUGCAGAGCCGUAUUUGCAUUGCUGAGACAAUACUUCACUCUGUGUUGAAAACUCUCCGCUUUAACAAUAACGCUGGAGAAGAAAUAUUCCUGGAUGAGAAAGGGGAACUGGUUGCCGGUUUUGAUAUUAUCAAUUUUUACAUAUCACCCAAUGAUUCCUUCCACAAAGUCCAGGUCGGACAAAUUGACCCCAAGGCACCUGCAGGCAAAGAGUUCGUUAUUAAUGGAAGCACCAUUGUAUGGAAUCAGGUGUUUAAUCAGAUGCCACCCAGAUCCACCUGUGUCGAGAGUUGCCAUUCCGGACAGAGCAUGUUCAUCCAGCCAGAGAAGCAAGUGUGUUGCUAUGAUUGUGUUCAGUGCCCCGCAGGGAAGAUUUCAAUCCAGAGCGAUGCAGAGCAAUGCCAAGAGUGCCCAGAAGAUAAGUAUCCCAAUGAAAAUCACAACCAAUGUCUUCCUAAAAAGUUGAUCUACUUAUCCUAUGGAGAACCCUUGGGAGCAGCUCUCGCUUUUGCAUCUCUUUUCCUUUCCACGGGCACAGCUAUGAUGAUGUGGACAUUCAUUCAGCAUCGUGAUACUCCCAUUGUCAAAGCAAAUAACUGGAGCAUCACCUGUACUCUGCUCUCUUCUCUUCUCAUCUGUUUUCUCUGCCCCCUCCUCUUAAUUGGGUGGCCGGGGAAAGUAACUUGCCUUCUGAGGCAAAUGGUGUUUGGCAUCAUUUUCACUCUUGCUGUUGCUUGCAUCUUGGCCAAAACCAUCACUGUGGUGUUGGCCUUCAUGGCCACCAAGCCAGGGAAUAGAGCAAGGAGUUGGAUUGGGAAGAGACUUGCUGUCUUAGUCAUCGUUCCCUCUUCUUUCCUUCAAGUGGGCAUCUGCGGUGUAUGGUUAGCAAUGGCUCAUCCCUUUCUAGAGUUGGACAUGCACUCCCAGAUAGAUGAAAUCCUUCUUGAAUGCAACGAUGGCUCACCUCUCAUGUUCUACAUUGUCCUGGGCUACAUGGGCCUUUUGGCUGUCAUCAGCUUCCUAGUGGCUUUCUCUGCCAGGAAUUUGCCUGAUACUUUCAAUGAAGCCAAGUUGAUCACUUUCAGCAUGUUAGUUUUCUGCAGUGUGUGGAUAUCGUUUGUGCCCACCUACUUGAGCACCAAAGGGAAAUAUAUGGUGGCCGUGGAGAUCUUCUCCAUCUUGGCCUCUG